UCCUCCUUUAACUUUGUGAAAAAAUGGGUCCCCACCUCCCUGGGUUAGGACCACUGAUUAACCAAGACGCAUUCUGAACUUAACACACAGCUGAACAAGUAAAGAGACCCAUUGGUGCUGUAAAAAUGAACUCCCUGCUUUUGCUAGCUCUGACUUCACUGUGUCUGGCAGAUCCCUAUGAGAGAAGCUACAGUGAUGUGGAACACCAUAGAACCAUCUACAUCUCAGAAAAUGGACCUCGUCUAUCAGUGGAGAUGGAGCAGACCAAAGUAAUCUCCCACCGCGGUGGCAACGCUACACUGCCUUGCAAGUUCCACCGCGAAUUCAGCUCCGGCACUGAUAACAGUCCCAAGACGAGGAUCAAAUGGACCAAGCUCACCACAGAUUACCUCAAGGAGAUUGAUGUCUUUGUUGCCAUGGGCAACCAUCAGAAGAGCUACGGCAGUUACCAUGGCAGGGUAUUUCUGCAGGAAGCCAGCAACAGGGACGCCUCCCUCAUCAUCACUGACAUCACCUUGGACGACUACGGGAAGUACAAAUGUGAGAUCAUUGAAGGACUGGAGGAUGACACUGGAGUUGUCACUCUUGAUUUACAAGGCGUUGUGUUCCCCUACUUUCCUCGAAUGGGGCGCUACAACCUGAACUUCCAAGAGGCUCAGCAGACCUGCCAGAACGAGGAUGCAGUAAUUGCUUCCUUCGAGCAGCUGUAUGAUGCGUGGAGAGGAGGUCUAGACUGGUGUAACGCGGGCUGGCUGAGUGACGGGUCGGUGCAAUAUCCCAUUACCAAACCCAGAGAACCCUGUGGAGGCAAGGAUACUGUCCCUGGUGUGAGAAACUACGGCCUUCGUGAUAAAGAGAAGGGCAGAUAUGAUGUCUUCUGCUUCACUUCCAACUACAAAGGACGUUUUUACUACCUGAUACACCCAACCAAGCUGACCUACGAUGAGGCAGUCCAGGCUUGCCUGAAGGACGGGUCUCAGAUCGCUAAAGUGGGCCAGAUGUUCGCUGCUUGGAAGCUAAUGGGAUACGACCGCUGUGACGGAGGCUGGCUGGCUGACGGCAGUGUCCGCUACCCGAUCUCCAGGCCCAGGCGACGCUGCAGUCCAGACGAGGCGGCGGUUCGCUUUGUGGGGUUCCCAGACAAGAAACACAAGCUGUAUGGCGUCUACUGCUUCAGAACCUACAACUGAGAGCACAGCCAUCCAUUCAUUUACAAUCACGUGAGGGAAUUAUUCUCAGUAGUAUGAACUCAUAAAGUUACCAAAACUGUGAUAACCUUUUUUUACAAAAGCAUUUUCAUAAAUUUACAAAACAUUUUUUUUUUUUGUAAUCUGAAUUACAUGCUUAGAUAUAAUUGUAUCUGUAGCUCUAUAGCCUAUACAAACAUUUGCAUUAUAGCAGAACUGAAUAAAAAAAGAAAAAGACAAAAUGAUUGAGCUACAUCAUCCCAAAAGAAAUAUACUUCCAUGAAUGACCUGAGCAUGCUAAAGCCUGAAAAAUUGUUAGGAUUGAUAUAAACAAUAGUAAAGCUUCUUGAAGGGGAACUGUUUUUUUUUUUUUUCUGGGUAUUUUUUAAAAAAAACUUUUGCUGUUCACUGCAUGGAGAUACAUCAUAUUCUAGAUAAGUACCCUUAUGGACAACAUCAACUCAUCCCAAUUAUCUUACUUGCCUGCUAAACAAAGAAAAGUUAUAUCAGAAACAAAAGCUGACUUUAUGCAUAAAACUAAGCGAGCGUUUAUAUACUUCUUUACAUUUCUAGAUACUUUUAAAAUUCUUAUUAAGAUCAUUUAAGCACAGAAACAGUUUAAAGUUCCUUGAUCCUUUUGAUGGGUGUUCCAUGGUGAGUGCUAAGAUUGCUUCUUUAUGCUUAAUAGAAUCCAUCUGGAUUGCAUCAACCAACUCUUUUUUCUGGGUAAUCGCAGGAUAAAGUUUGAUGAAAUCCGGGAUUCUCUCUAAAAUAUUCCAGCUGUGGCAUAUAUCUCGGGAGUAUAAUUGACUAACUCAGCACAGCUUUCUAACAGUUAGAACAGGAAUACAUUAUUAUUCAGGAAUGACCCAUUGCUUUACAAUAAUGAUGCAGUUAAAAUGAAAAACAAAAACUAAAUCCAUUGUUUGGGUUCUCUCGUUCCUUGUGGUGCUACACAUUUUUUUAAACCUGUUUGAGCUAAAGUAAAUACAAACUCUGUGGGCGUGGUGCAUUGCAGCCAUAGCGCCAACAAGCAGCUGUUUUAGUAAGAGGCAAAAAGGGAGGGAUGGCUUAAUGCCAGCAUUGACGCACAGUGCCCCAGUGUUCUGACCAUCUGUAUCAGGAACAUUUUACUAUUUCACUAUGGGAGGGAAAGUUAUGACCCAAAGUUGAUUUCUUAUCACAGUGUCAAGCACCAACAGCUGUCGAAGGGCCUGCUGCUUGUGGCAUGAAUGCAUGCUGCUUGCUCAUUAUGGUACCGGUAGCUGUUGCUUUAGACAAAGGUACACAAGCACCUUCUGACAGCAUAUCUUAUAGCAGCAAUAUCAAAAUGAUGCAUUGUCCAUUUAGGAGUUACAGGUGGUUGUACCUAAUGAAAUACCUUCAUAAAUCUUACCUGCCAUGCACUUUCGCAUACUAUAUAGCUCUCAGAUGUACAGUUUUGAAAGAAACACAUGGCAUGGCAAUCGUGUGUCUUUCUAUGACAUCUGGCACUACACUAGGUUAAAGAAAGAUUGCUUGCCUUGCCAUUCAGGAUAUCUGUUACUGUUUUACUUCCUAGUGCAUUUCCCUUAAUAUUGUCUUUGGGGUCAAAGCAUCUUACAGGCUGCAAUCAGCCAUUAGGGAAAGCAGCUGGUUGGUUAAAGAAGGCCCUGAAGGUGUGGGGACAAUUUCAAUCUCCAGGGAGACUAAGCAAGUAGCAAGGCCUGCCAACAGGGAUUUCAGUAACCUAGUGUAGUAGCAGAUAGUGUGUUCUAAAAUGAAAGUACAUGUUCACUACAAUCACUUCAAAACACAUUUGUUUUGCCUGUAACCGUUAAGGGCAAAAUAAUUAAAAAAACAAAUUCACACAUUAUUGCCAGAAAACCUAAAGCUGCCUGGAAAGUACCACAUUUCCCCUUUGAGUCGCUUUCCUAAGGUAUUUAAGAGAAACCAUUUGCUAUGCAGCAUUUAGCACCAACUCAGGGCAGUAACCAACACAAACUGCUGGACAGAGAGACUGUAAAAUUAGCAGCUUGAUUUUAAUUAGCCUUGAACAUGUUAUAAUCUUAUAAAAUAUGUAGCUACAAUGUUUAAUGUUUUGUUUGCAUCAUAAUACUGUGAAUGCCACAGAUCAGUAGACUAAAACAAGGGUGCUCUUCAGACUUUUUCACAGUAGCCACUAAACUCUAUAGGAAAUGAUAUUAGCCAAAGCUGGAGCCUUAUUAGCCAAAUGACAUUGCUGGCAAUAUCAUGCAUUUUUACCAUUAGGGGUUUAUGUACUGUACAGUAGCAAGCUCAUUUCAUUCUGGUAGCCAGUCACCACCUUUAAAGGCAGUGUACAGAAUGGUGAAUUGGGUAAUAGGCAGAGUGGUCCUACUACAGUCUAACAGUAAAUGCUGUUUUUUGAACGCGACAACGACACUCCAAACAUCAACAGUAAGAUUAGUUUUCCUAUUUUGUUAUGUACAUAUACAAAAGCAUUAAUCUAUGAAAUAAAAAAACAGUAUUGUUUGUAUCUAUAUGUAAAAUACUUUUUGAACCUAAUCCAAAAAGAAAAUAAAAACCUUGAAAAGGCAAAGCUGUAUCUAAAUGUUGUACUUUUUCCUGACUGUGCUACGAAAUAUUUGUAUGAAUUACUGUCGUUGGGCUGUAUUUACUGGAAUGUUUUCCUUUUUAAUGUUAUGUAAACUUCAAAGGCAGCUAAAGGAUGCAUUGCUUAAUUUUCUUUCCUUUUAUGUUUGCUGAUGAUGAUUAAACACGAUACAAGCUAGCAUUAAAAAAAAAAAAAAAAAAGAGUCAGGCUGUUGCUUUGUAGAAUCUAUCAACAAAUCAUUACUAACUUGGCAGAUCUGCAUGUGACUAUGCGUACGUAAUUUGCAAAGGGUUUUUAAAAGACAGUGGGAUUGAUUUUUAUGUUCUACAAGAGCUUCAGAUAUGAGCAAAACAGUUCAUUUAUUUUUAAUAAUUAGAUUAUGUUGUUUGCAAUUGUUCUGCGUGGUCCUGGUUUAGAAUCUAUUAUUAUAAUCUGUCUUUGCACCAAAUUUGCGUGAGUGUUUGUCGGGAGAAUCCAGAGUGCCAGAUCUUAACAGAAUUCCUCAUGUGACGAUGUGGCUAUUCAGCUGUGUUCUACAUUUACAUACAGUAGACAUGAGAUAGGUGGGACUGGCAGAGUUGACCUUGAAUCCUGCUGGAGCGUUCACCCAGUCAAUCAAUUGAUCAAUGUGUUAAGCUGCUGUAUUCAGUAUAGGAUGCCUCAAGGUACAUUAAGUCUCCAUUGAUAGGUAGAUGGACCUUCACAUCUAAUAUGAAUAGCGCAAAUCACUUCUUUCAGAUUAGAUUUAGCAGCUUUAGCGCUACUUCGCCUUUUUUGUGUUUUAAAAUUAAAGCACAAUUAUUGAAAAUGCCCCAAAAAAGAAUAUUAUUAUUAUUAUUUUUUUUUAUUGUAAAUUCUUCAGCAGCACCACCUGCUGAAAUCAGCUCAUCGUAAAUUGGUUUGUAGAGCAAUACUAAAAACACACAAACACAACAUUUCCUUACGGGAAUACACCGCCUCUAUAGCCAAGUGCACAACUGAGCUACUUAUUAAUAUUAAUCAGCUCCUGGGAUCCUGAUAACUCAUACAACAUUGCUUGCUGACUGUGUUUAACCGGAGCCUAGGUUUGCUGCAUCACUCUGACUCAAGGGAAGCUAGCUUGUAUUUGCUGACUUCAGGAUGUUUUCAGUCCCCAGUGUAGUAAUCCUCCUGAUGAACUAUUGUAGGUACAGGUCUAUUUACUGUAGUCUUUGUAUAAAAUCAAUGUCUGAUUUCAACUGUGAAGUUGACUCACAUGCAUGCUAUCUGUUACCAGCUGGGAUUUCUUGCUUUGCCUUAAUUCUCAAAACCUGCAGAAAACAAUGUGUCCUGUUUGGACUGAAUUGUUCAACAAUGGUAAUUGCAAUGUAUUAACAAUGCAUUCACAAGUUAUUUUUAUACACUAUGCUAUAUACAAAGAAGACACCCAAUGGCCAUUUUGCUAAAUAAUCAAUGUGAGAGAAGAAGAGGGACUAACCUUUGAGUUGUUUGUAUCUUUACUCACAAAUAACUGCUUACGCGUUUAGCAUAUUUUGCCUUGUUUUUAAUAUGCUUUUCUAGGCUUUGCAAUGCCUUUAAAAUGCAUUAUUACAUUUGUAGCAAAGUGCCUGCC